AUGAAAGAAAAUAAAAUUCAAAUUGAGUCACGUAAUGGUCUUUUCCUUCCAAAACUACCUCCUAAAAUAAAAGAAAUAAAUGAAACAACAUCAAACAAAUUCUUUGAAUUAAAAAAUAUGGAGAUGACUGAUGACGCUCUUGGAGAAGUUUGUCAAAUGCUUAAUUGGACUUCAUUUUCUUUUGACGAGUACAUGGAAGGAUUAAUGGCUCCUAUUCCUUUGCAACAACCAAUUUAUAAAGAGCCUAAGUUAUCAGAUUUAGUAAAUUUAGAUGAAAACACAGAAGAGAUUGAUGUUAUAUCUCUUCCUGAAAAUUUUUGUCAAAUUCUUGAAGAAGAUUUUUAUUCAACAACGAAAGUAAAAAAACCAACAAGCUAUCCCCCUGCAUUACCUAAAACUAAACGUAUUUAUUUUGAUUAA